UGGACUUGUAGCGUUGACGCCAGUAGAUUUCAGCUCCCCGGAGGAGCAGGAGGAGGAGGAAGAAGAAGAAGAAGAAGAGGAGGAGGAGGAACACCCAAGAAAAAUGAUGCAUCAUGGAAUUUGAAAAUCUAAACUUUACGCAACAAUUUCAUGUCGGGGAGAGUCCAGGCAUGGACACACGCACAGGGGAGGAGGACACCCACUGAUGCUGAGGACAAACACUGACUCCCCUCCUCUUGUUUUGUUGUGAAUGUUCGACUCUUUUCUCCGUGGACGAAACACGCACCUAAAGGACCUGGGGGACGGGACGACAGUGUGUGUUGUGAUGCUUCUUCUCCAUUUGUGUUCUGCUGUCAGUUUUGGUUUCCCCAGCAGGAUCAGCUCUACCUUAGAAUGGCUCGCUUUGAAGACGAACUGUCCAGAGGCUUCGGGGGCAGCUGUCCUGCGGGCCCGGCCAGAGGGGCCAGCCGGCCACCGGGGCCUCCGGGGGGCCAGAGGAUGUUCAAGCAGCAGACGCCUGCCCAGAGAGCCCGGACCAUGGCCAUUUACAACCCCAUCCCAGUCAAACAGAACUGCCUCACCGCAAACCGCUCUCUGUUCAUCUUCAGUGAGGAUAAUAUCAUACGGAAAUAUGCCAAAAAGAUCACCGAAUGGCCUCCAUUUGAGUACAUGAUCCUGGCCACUAUUAUAGCAAACUGCAUCGUGCUGGCCUUGGAGCAACACCUACCGGCCUUAGACAAAACCCCGAUGUCAGAACGUUUGGACGACACAGAGCCCUACUUUAUUGGAAUAUUUUGUUUCGAGGCCGGUAUCAAGAUCAUCGCCCUGGGCUUUGCCUUUCACAAAGGCUCGUACCUGCGUAAUGGCUGGAAUGUAAUGGACUUUGUGGUGGUCCUAACGGGGAUCCUGGCGACCGUUGGGGCUGAUUUCGACCUGCGAACACUGAGAGCGGUGAGAGUUCUGCGGCCGCUAAAGCUAGUCUCUGGAAUUCCCAGUCUUCAGGUGGUCCUAAAGUCCAUCAUGAAGGCCAUGGUUCCUCUGCUGCAGAUUGGCCUGCUGCUCUUCUUCGCCAUCCUCAUGUUCGCCAUCAUUGGCUUAGACUUCUACAUGGGCAAGUUUCAUCGCACCUGCUUCAGGAUAGACACAAAGGAGCAGGCGGCAGAUUUCCCAUGUGGCCUCGAAGCCCCCGCAAGGACCUGCGCCAAUGGCACCGCCUGCAGGGAGUACUGGAUCGGCCCCAACUUUGGCAUCACCAACUUUGACAACAUCCUGUUCGCUGUUCUCACCGUAUUCCAGUGCAUCACCAUGGAGGGAUGGGUGGACAUCCUCUACAAUGCCAAUGAUGCUUCAGGGAACACGUGGAACUGGUUGUACUUCAUCCCCCUCAUCAUCAUCGGGUCCUUCUUCAUGCUCAACCUGGUUCUGGGCGUGCUGUCAGGGGAGUUUGCCAAGGAGAGAGAGCGAGUGGAGAAGAGGCAGGAAUUCCUGAAGCUCCGCAGACAGCAGCAAAUAGAGAGAGAGUUAACCGGGUACCUGGAGUGGAUCUGCAAAGCAGAGGAGGUCAUGCUUGCUGAGGAGGACAAGAAUGCGCAGGCGAAGUCUCAAGAUCCGGCAUGGUACAAAAGGAAACACAAUAACUCUGUGUUAAAAAGAGCGAAGAAGAGUAAGAAUGACCUCAUCAACGCAGAAGAAGGAGAGGACCACUUCACUGACAUCUCAUCUGUUGCCCCCCAAGGGUCGCCGUUCGCCCGGGCCAGCGUUAAGAGCAAGAACGAGAGCUCGUCUUACUUCAGGAGGAAAGAGAAGAGGGUUCGCUUCACCAUUCGCCGUUUGGUCAAAUCCCAGAGCUUCUACUGGACGGUUCUGUGUCUGGUUGGUCUCAACACAUUGUGUGUGGCUAUUGUCCACUAUGACCAGCCUGAGUGGCUCACCUAUGCACUAUACCUGGCUGAGUUUGUAUUCCUGGGCCUGUUUCUGGCAGAGAUGUCCAUGAAAAUGUAUGGUCUCGGACCCCAGAACUACUUCCACUCCUCAUUCAACUGUUUCGACUUUGGGGUGAUUAUUGGCAGUAUUUUUGAGGUGAUCUGGGCUGCCAUCAAGCCAGGAGCCUCGUUCGGCAUCAGUGUACUUCGGGCUCUACGACUGCUCAGGAUCUUCAAAGUCACCAAGUAUUGGAACUCUUUGAGGAACCUGGUUGUAUCCCUGUUGAACUCCAUGAAGUCCAUCAUCAGUCUCUUGUUUCUCCUCUUCCUCUUCAUUGUGGUCUUCGCUCUGCUGGGCAUGCAGCUGUUCGGUGGACAGUUUAAUUUUGAAGACGAAACGCCGACAACCAACUUUGACACGUUCCCAGCAGCGAUCCUCACAGUCUUCCAGAUCCUGACCGGAGAGGACUGGAACGCAGUCAUGUACCACGGAAUCGAAUCACAGGGGGGAGUUCACGGGGGAAUGUUCUCCUCCAUUUAUUUCAUUGUUCUCACCCUCUUUGGAAACUACACACUGCUCAACGUCUUCUUGGCCAUUGCUGUCGAUAACCUUGCAAAUGCCCAGGAGCUCACUAAGGAUGAAGAGGAACAAGAGGAGGCCAUCAAUAAGAAACUGGCUCUCCAGAAGGCCAAGGAGGUAAAGGAGGUCAGCCCCAUGUCGGCCGCUAACAUUUCCAUCACAGCUAAGGAGCAGCAGAAGUCAGCGAAGACCAUGUCCAUCUGGGAGCAGAGGGCCAACCAGCUGAGGAGGCAGAACCGGUCCAGCUGUGAGGCCCUGUACAAUGAGCUGGAGCCAGAGGACCUUCCCCGCCUCUGCCCCCUCAGGCCGGACAUGAAGACCCACCGGGACCGGCCACUGGUCGUUGAGCCCCGUGACGGGCCUGUACUGGGUGACCACCAGCAUCCACCAUCCUCCAUGCCAGAGGAGGCAGAGACCGCCGCAGACCCCCCACCUCCCCCUCCCCUGCCUUACCAGCCUCGGCGCCAUCAUCGUCACAGAGAAAGAGCUAGAGCAAGAAAAGAGGGAAACGAUAACGGUGAAAGUGGGAGGGAAGGGAGGCAUCAUGUUCACCACAGCCGCUCCAAAGACCACGAUAGCAGCCGGAGUAAAGAGGGUAAAAAUGAAAGGUCCCGCAGCCGAGAGGGAGGCAGGAGGCAUCACCAUCAAAGCUCAGUGGAUGACAGCGGAGGAGGGGGGGUCACGAGUGAGAGAGAGCAUCGUCAUCACCAUUCACACCGGCAGUCUCGAGAAGGAAACGGGACGGUGAACACUGGGGGGAGGGGGGAGCGAAGGUCCCGCCACAAAGAUGGACGCUCAUCGAACAAGGAUGUGGACAGGAACUCCAGUGGGGCCAAUGGAGAGAGGAGACGACACCGGACUCAUGGGUCCAGGGGUCAGUCCACAGUGGAAGGAGAGGAGUCUAAUGAGAGAGAGAAGCCCCACAGUCACAGGUUUGGUGACUCAGAGGGGGAGUCUGUGGCCAUCUCCCCCCAGCAGGGCUCCGGGGGACCCAGCUGGCCCCUGGACCGACCUGAGGACUCAGACAACCAGAGGAACGUCAGACGGACCGGUCAAGGCUCCAUCCAAAUACCCCCUGUGACCAUCACCUCUCCACCUGGAGAGACCACCCUCAUACAAGUGAACAGCAUUGACUGUGAGACGAUGCCUAUGACUGAGAAGACCCUGGAGGAUCUAAACCAGAGUGGACCCAAGCCCAUCCUGCCUUACAGCUCCAUGUUCAUCUUUGGACAGACCAAUCCGGUGAGGCGGUUGUGUCAUUACAUCGUGACUCUGCGAUAUUUCGAAAUGUCUAUCCUGGUCGUCAUUGCUAUGAGCAGUAUUGCUUUGGCUGCAGAGGACCCUGUGUGGACCAACGCCCCUCGCAACAAUGUGUUAAAAUACUUGGACUACGCCUUCACAGGGGUUUUCACUUUUGAAAUGGUUAUAAAGAUGGUGGACCUGGGCCUUCUGCUUCAUCCUGGAUCCUACUUCAGAGACCUGUGGAACAUUCUGGACUUCAUAGUGGUCAGUGGGGCGCUGGUGGCUUUUGCAUUUUCGAGCUUCAUGGGAUCGCAACAAGGUGUGACCAGGGGGACCAAAGGCAAAGACAUCAGCACAAUCAAGUCUCUGAGGGUUCUGCGAGUUCUCCGGCCUCUCAAGACCAUCAAACGCCUGCCAAAACUCAAGGCUGUGUUCGACUGCGUGGUCAACUCCUUGAAGAACGUGCUGAACAUCCUCAUCGUUUACAUCCUCUUCAUGUUCAUCUUUGCCGUCAUUGCGGUACAGCUGUUCAAGGGAAAAUUCUUCUACUGCACAGAUGAGUCCAAGGGCCUGCAGAAGGACUGCAAAGGACAGUUUCUAGACUACGACAAAGACGAGGUGGCUGCCAUGCCCAGAGAGUGGAAAAAAUAUGAGUUCCACUACGACAACGUGCUGUGGGCCUUCCUCACCCUCUUCACUGUGUCCACUGGGGAGGGAUGGCCGACGGUCUUGAAGCACUCGGUGGACGCCACCUUUGAAGAUGAGGGUCCCAGUCCGGGCUACCGGAUAGAGAUGUCUAUCUUCUAUGUUGUCUACUUUGUUGUCUUCCCUUUUUUCUUUGUCAACAUCUUCGUUGCUCUGAUUAUCAUCACAUUCCAGGAGCAGGGAGACAAGGUGUUGUCUGAGUGCAGCUUGGAAAAGAAUGAGAGAGCUUGUAUUGACUUUGCCAUUAAUGCGAAGCCUUUGACGCGCUACAUGCCAGAGAACACCCAGUCCUUCCAGUACAGGAUGUGGAAGUUUGUGGUUUCAGCUCCGUUUGAGUACUCCAUCAUGAUUAUGAUCGCCGUCAACACCGUUGUACUAAUGAUGAAGUUCCAUGGGGCUCCAGAUUUUUAUGAAGCAAUGCUGAAGAACCUCAACAUUGUCUUCACCACUCUGUUCUCUCUGGAGUGUAUCCUCAAGAUCAUUGCAUUUGGUCCUCUAAACUACCUAAAGGACGCCUGGAACGUGUUUGACUUUGUGACCGUGCUUGGCAGCAUCACCGACAUCCUGGUGACUGAAAUCAAUACUACGGACAGGCUGCUGAACCUGAGCUUCCUGAGGCUGUUCAGAGCCGCUCGGCUCAUCAAGCUGCUACGGCAGGGUUACACCAUCCGCAUCCUGCUGUGGACCUUUGUCCAGUCCUUCAAGGCCCUGCCUUAUGUUUGCCUGCUGAUUGCAAUGCUGUUCUUCAUUUAUGCCAUCAUUGGGAUGCAGGUGUUUGGUAACAUCGAGCUGAACGAGGAGACGGCCAUCAAUCACCACAACAACUUCCGCACUUUCCUGCAGGCGCUCAUGCUUCUAUUCAGGAGUGCGACUGGCGAGGCGUGGCACGAGAUCAUGUUAUCGUGUCUGAGUCACCGAGCCUGUGACGAGCGAUCAGGGUCCCAUGGGAAGGAGUGUGGCAGUGAUUUUGCCUAUUUCUACUUUGUUUCCUUUAUCUUCCUCUGCUCCUUCCUGAUGCUGAACCUGUUCGUGGCCGUCAUUAUGGAUAAUUUCGAGUACCUCACCAGAGACUCCUCCAUCCUGGGGCCUCAUCACCUCGAUGAGUUCAUCAGGGUUUGGGCCGAGUACGACCCGGCUGCGUGUGGCCGUAUCAAGUACCUCGAUAUGUAUCAGAUGCUGCUCCACAUGUCCCCACCCUUAGGUUUGGGAAAGAAAUGUCCGCCAAGAGUCGCCUACAAGCGCCUGGUCAAAAUGAACAUGCCCAUCGCCGACGACAACACGGUCCACUUUACCUCCACCCUGAUGGCCCUGAUCCGGACUGCCCUGGAGAUCAAACUGGCCUCAGGUAUGGUAGCCCAGCGGUUGUCUGACGCUGAGUUAAAGAAGGAGUUGUCCACAGUGUGGCCCAACCUGUCGCAAAAGACCAUGGAUCUGCUGGUGACGCCACAUAAACCCAAUGAACUGACAGUAGGGAAGGUUUAUGCGGCGCUCAUGAUCUUUGACUACUACAAGCAGAACCGGCUCAGGAGGAUUCAGCUGCAGCAGCAACAGCAGCAGAGUGCAUCGGGCUCCCAGUGCAAGGUCGGAGCUCUAUUUAAGCCAUUGCUGCCUCUGACUCACAUGCAGGAGAAAGACCUGCCUGUGAUAAACAGUGUGGAUCCUCCCAGCAUGCUUCAGCCCCAGCCCAAAUCCCACGCCAAGUCUCAGCAACAGAACAGACCGAGCUCCAACUCCCUCAACAACGGAGGCACGCUACCAGGUACUGAGCACAACAUCAAACCAUCUGCCUCUUGGGUGACGGAGAAGACAAAGGAAGGAAAAUCAGCAAAGACCAAACGAACCAUGUCUAGAGGCCCGUCAGAGGACACACCAGACACCGCCGUGGUUCAGGAGUCGGUAGAGAUGAGGAAGAUGGAGACCAGUGCCAGUAGUACCAUCCCCAUCCCUGGAUCAGGUCUGGAGAACCAGGGCAGGGCUGCUUCCAUGCCUCGACUCAACACUGAGCUCCAGCGGAGUCAGUCUCGUCACUCUCCAGGGAUCCAUCUAACUUCCGUCCCUGAUGCCAGCCCGAUGAAGCGCUCAGCCUCCACUGUGGCGCCGCAGCGCCCCCAGGAGGUCAACCUGAGAGACUACACCUUGGAAAAACCCAGCCAGGACAGGCCGCACCACCAUCACCACCACCACCGCUGCCAUCACCGCAGAGAGCGAGACAAAGACCGAGACCGGGAGAAGAGGCAGAGGUCUUUGGAUACGCCUCUGGGUGGACAGCCGCCCUGUUCUGCAGGUGCACCAGGAGAGCCCGGGUCCGACCCGUCUGGCUCCCGAGAGCGAGCCCACGACCGUGGACGCUCCCACGAACGGAAACACCACCACUCCUCAGCAGAUAAGCAGCGCUACUACUCCUGUGACCGCUACUGCAGCCGGGAACACUGCCACACCAAGUCUGCCACCGCCAGCUGUGCCGCCUCCCCCAGCGAGGGCCAGGAAACCAGCAACAAGCAGGGCAGUGGUUGGGUUAAAGGCAGCCCAGUGGCACUGAGCUCCAGUUCUAGCACGCCGAGCCGUGGACGUCGGCAGCUCCCCCAGACCCCCCUCACCCCUCGGCCCGGGGUGGCCUACAAGACUGCCAAUUCCUCCCCCGUGCACUUUGUGUCCAGCCAGGCCUCUCUGAGUCCCGGCCGGCUGAGUCGCGGCCUGUCGGAGCACAACGCCCUCCGGCACAGCGGCUCCCACCACCUCCCCUGCCCCGUCACUCGUAUCAGCUCCGAGCCCUUCCUGGGCCGGGGCCACGGCGAGGCCCCGGGCGGCCCCUACAGCAGCCUCCGGGACCAGCUGGACGUCUUCCAGGAUGCGGCGUCUCUGUCGCCCAGCCCCUGUGCCGGACGCUCAUCUCGGACCGCACUGCCUCGCAUGAUGGGAGCCCUGCUUCCCACUCCACAGCAGAACCUUGGGGUGCCCAACGGCUACCACUUCAGCUUCGGGGGCAGCACCAGCCCAGGCUCUGGCGUCAGGGCACCCAGGUAUUACCAGGAGGCAGAGGAGGACGAAUGGUGCUAGCAUGGCUUUAAACCGACCUUUUUAAUGCAUUUUUGAGGAAUUGUGAUGAGUUUUAUCAUCUUCUUUGAAGGCUUUAGUUUACAUUGUCACUGUGUGUGUUUAAUGCUGUAUUUUAAUCCUAACUAAGUGAGCAUGGUUAGGGACGACAUCUAAACAGGGAGCAAGUUUGGCUGAUAUCUGAAUGUGAACAGAAACGUGUCAUUAUUCUAAAGGGCAUGGAACGGAAAGGAGACUUUUUUUUGCCAAUUGUCAGAUGUCUACGAGUCGGUAACCUGUUCGAUUUGCUCUGACUUCAGUGUUUUGUUGACGCCACCAUAGUGAUGCUCAAACAACCACAUACAAAAGACACCAUGUCUGUAUAUCUUAGAUGAAAUGUGAACUGUAAUGAUGUAUUUUUAACCUGCUCUAUAUGAUUCCUUACACUAGUUUAAAGA